UCUCUCUCUCUCUCUCUCUUUCACACACUCUCUCAGUCGCCGUGCUCUGACGGAUGGGGAUACACUGCCAAGGAGGACUUAGGGGCGAGAAGAGUGUGUUUCUUUUCUUCCCCGCUCUGUUUUCUUUCUCUUCCGCCUGGCUUCCCUCAUGAGCUGUUAAUUCCAGCCCGGUCCCGAGGAUGAGGAGGAUCUAUUUGUGAGGAAGGCGCGACAAAGGAAGAGGAAACAAGGAGCAACAGGGUGGUAAAUCCUGCGAGCGGGAGUGAGCGAAAAAGAGCUUCUCUUUUUCUACAGGCUCGAGCAAGGAGUGCUGACUCCCAGCAGCAGCAGCCGCCAUGUGAGAGGAGCUGUCAACAAGCAGAGGAUGCCCAUGUCCAGCUAAAGCAGAGCAGCCCCCCUCUCUCCCUCCCUCCUGCUCCCUCCCUUCUUCCCACAUGAGGACGAGAAGAUGACUAUCACCAGCCGGCAGUCCUUCAAUGUCCUGACGGUCAUCUUCCUCCUGCUGUCCACUGCAGCCCUCUCAGCUCAUUACCGAGUGUGUGAACCCUACUCCGACCACAAGGGGCGUUACCACUUCGGCUUUCACUGCCCACGCCUGUCAGACAACAAGACCUACAUGUUCUGUUGCCACCACAACAACACGGCCUUCAAAUACUGCUGCAACGAGACUGAGUUCCAGAUGGUCAUGCAGAUCAACCUCACCACCACCUCAGACGGUUAUGCACACAAUAAUUAUACAGCCCUGGUUGGCGUGUGGAUCUACGGCUUCUUCGUCAUGGUGCUGCUGGCGCUGGACUUUCUCUACUACUCAGCCAUAAACUACGAGCUGUGCCGGGUCUACCUGGAGAAAUGGGGUCUGGGAGGACGCUGGCUGAAGAAGGCUCGGAGUCAGUGGCACAGGUCCAUGCCAGAGGAGAGCGAAGCCCAGGCUCAAGCCCAACCCAUGGUCCCCAGCCACUACCAGCCCAGACACAGCCUCAGAGGGGAGAGCCACAGCCCCACGCUCCUGCCCUACAACACAUCCACCGCAUGAAUGAUGCUGCGAGUGGACAGACUGAAGAGUAGCAACACCUUGUUUCCUUACGCGGUACAGAGGAGAUGCCCCACAGAUGCCCCUCUCUGGACCGCAGACACAAACACCAGUGCUGGGCUAGCCAUACUUUAGCAGUUAGAAGAGACUACUGCCCCUUUCCAAUGAGCACAAAUCACCCUUGGACUGACAGAGGCAGGCUGAAAUGGCAUUUGGAAAGCAAGCUGAACAAAGGCUGCAAGGAAACACAGAGGACUGCACUGCUGCUGCCACAGCAGAGGAGAGACAGACACAUUCAGCUGCUUACAGGUGUUCAGUGACCCCUUGAAAUGGCUGCUAUAAGGCCUGAAAUAUCCCAAACAAAUCUGAGCUGAACUGGAUAAACUGUACUCACAAGCGUGGAGGCUUGCCUGUUUUUAAAGAAAGCUCAUCUUUCUAGAUAUAAAAUGUUUAUUACACCGCUGUGUCAGUUUGUGUUCAGUAGCAGUUAGACACAGUUGUGGGUUAUCUAUUUGGUGAUUUAUUUAUGUGAACUAGUCAGAGAAAUAUAUGAGUGGUUAACAUUCGGAACAUGUAACAGCUUAGGUUGAUGCUGAGCAUCUUACUUAGAGUAGAAUGUUUUUGUUACUUACUGAAACCAGACUCAAAAAAUGUCUGCAGCCAUGUUGAGAAAAAAUAUCUUGUAUGAAAUGUUUUAGGUCUCCUUUCUGCAAAACAAGUGAUUUCUCUACAUUGUGAUGUGUCAGCUGAGGACACGCCGCCAUACAGCUAAACUGCUGUAGAUCUAAAGGUUUUAUAUUGGGUCAUCAAGAUUUCUCCUUGGUUUAGUGAUGAUAAGGAAAAGGAUCUUGAUUCUCAAGUUAUUCACCCAAAACAUUAAUGAUGAUCAGGGAUGCUUUCACAACAGCAAAAGAGCUUUAUGCUAUGUUAAACACAACCUUAACCCUUGGCUACUAACCUACAAGCCCAUUUAAUACCAUUAGUCAUAAAGUUGGUGUGAGACAGUUGCCUGGGUAACCUCAUCCACUGACUUGUUUGCCCUUCGUCAUUACCGGAGAUGCCUGAAAAACAGCUCCAUUAGCAAUAUGAUGCAAAUGAAUAUCCAUUUGGUUCCUUUAUAAGGAGCACUCUACAUCCCACAUUGGAAAUAGACAAUUGUAAGCGAGUAGCCAUAAUAAAAAAUGUUUUUAAAAAAAACAAAAAAAAAAACAUUAAAACCCCCUUCACUGUCAGCAAUAAUGUACAGUAGCUUGAUCAGAAGGAUUUCAUGGUAAGUAAAAGUCAGAAGUGGCAGCCAAAUGAGCACUGGGUAAUCACUGAGGUAUAUCAUAGAGGUUUCAGCUCAGUUUACAUUUAAUAAGAAGGGGAAGUCGAUGAAGUGUGUUUCUGGAUAAUGGACUCGUAUCAAAAAGGUCUCCAACCAUUCCUAUGUCAGCUUUGUAAGGAGAAAAGUGAAACCAAUUAUCACCUUUCAAAGAAAAGCUUUUACUUUAGAGCUGUGACUACUUAUUACGAUACUAUAUCGAUUGAUCUGCCAAUUAUUUUUUUGUCUAUAAAAUGUCAGAAAAUAGUGAAAAUUGCUUAUUAAAAUUUCUGACAGCCCGAGGUCAUGUCCUUUUCAGUUUACUGUCAUAUAUGACAAAGAAAAAGCAUAAAAUCCUUACAUUUGGAACCAGUGAAUUCAGUGAAAGAAAAUUACUAAUUCUCUAUUACUUAAACAAUAAAUUAAUUAUCAAGCUACAAACAUCUAGGGCUGCAACUAAAGAUCCAUUCCUCUUCAGAUUACAAGUUUUGUCUAAACAACAGUCCAAAAUCCUAAGAUAUUCCAUUUGAGAUGCAUCUAUUUAGCAUUUUUGGUUGGAAAAUGACAAGCAAAAACAAAAAAACGAUCAGCUUUUUCAUAUAAUUUUCUGCCAUGAACUAACACAUAGAUCGACUAAUUGUUUCAGCUCUACAGUCAUCGCAUAUUAAGGAAAAGCUAAUGCUUUGUGCCCAAACUUGAAUUAACUACUGAGAUAAAGUCUCUGUAAUCCAAAAAACACCGUCUUUUCUUUCUGAGAACAAACUAAGCAGCUGUUGGCACCAGACUGUACAUGAGCAACAGCGUGUGAAGACCAGGUGGUCAGACGGUAGAUACAGUAGGAGAGGGGGUAUCUACUCAAUCUUCCAUCUGCAGCUGGUAAUGUGGCAGCUGCCGAGCCUGUUUGUGUACAGAAUCUCUGGUCUGGGCACACGUUGUAAUGUCCUCGCUGAAAGCUAACACCAGACAGCGUUUGACUCGACAGAAACAGGCCAGCCAUGAGAUUUAGGUCUUGCCAUCAUGUUUAUCCCCUCUAUUUCAUGAAGUUUAAGUGGACCCACUGAACAGAACUCUGGUCAAGUGCUGUAAGCGGGACCUUAUCAGCAAUAAUAUUCACAUUUGCUGAGUUGUUAGAGUAAAUUAAUUCCCAUUUCAAUGCCUAAAGUUUAAUUGCGUGUGCGCCCCAGCAGGCUUGUGCCAUCCCCUUCAGGGGCAGAGGAACAGGAUGUGGCCAUGGGAAUAAUUGGCCCAGAGACAAGCAGUGGUUGGAAAUUACACUCUCUCACUCUCCCUGUAGCUGCCUACUUAUUCCCAAAGUGUGAACAGCAGCAGCAAACAGGGAGAGAUUUUUUUUAGCAGGUGCAGCAGCAGCAGCACAAAGGGGAUUUAAUUAGUCACCAAUGCUGGAUAAGUAAGAAAAAUCUGUUUGAGAACAUGUCUCUGUUCAGGGCUCCAUGUUGUGUGGUCUGACCUGUAAUAAGGCAAAGGAGGUCUGUUCUUAUCACCAAUAAAGUAAUAAUCACCCGGGGGGGGAUGAUUUUGCCUCUGACAAGCAGUAGCAGGGUCACAAAUCGAUUCCUUCAAGAUACAAAAAGGAGGAGUGUUUCCCCCAUUUCUUAAAAUGUUACAACUUUGUUUUGUGAUGUUUUCUGUUUUGUUAAAAAAACAGUCUUGACUCUGGCCCGAUGUGAUGUGGUACUGUAAUCGUAUCAGCUCAACCCUCUUCCCAAAUAAAGAACAUAACAUGACAAAAAAAAAUAAAGGAUGGGAAGAAGGGAGCGCACAUCUGUUUCAGUCUCUCCAGGUUGUCAUGGUAACAGUUGCCUUACAGUUGAAUACCCACCUGUACACAGAAGCUUUGUAGUGGUUGAUACCUCACUUUUUUGGUGUGGUGGUGAAGAUAAUGUGCACCACGUUCUGUCUAUGUAUUUACUACUAGAUAGAAUGUACAGUACCGUUUUCAGUUGGAUUGUUAUUGCACUUGUUGACUUUGUAUUGUCACGACAGGGAGAAAUAAAGUUUUAUCUUUUCCA